GUUCUCCGUCGCCAAAGAGUGCGUCGCGCGUAAUCGUGCGGUCGGCGACAAAUUUUCCGUGCGCGUUUCCGCGUCAAUUCCGAGCCAAUUCGCGCUCCGAAAAAAUCACGUCGACGCGCCCAUCCCUAUUUUCGAGGAGGCCACGUUCUCGUCAUAAUGCGCGAAUAACGUUACGCGGAUGUCGCCGCGCGCUGAUGAAUCGGAAGCGCGCUGUUAAAUUUUUCCGAAACUUACGGGCUUUCACCGCGAGAGAGGCAAUUGAUUGUUGCAGUUACAACCGCGCUGGUGAAGUGAACGAGUGCCAAUUAGCUCUUUCCGCGUGGCAUUUGUAUCAAACGAGAUACUCGCGUCGAAUAGAUUCGCCCGGGUGACCUUUGAUCUGUCAUUUUGAUCCGUGGUUUACUCCCAGCGGAGGACUCUACGAGUGAGCAGAGAAAGAUGGCCAUGGAUCGGACAAUGUACGGCAAAGUAGAGCCAGGCGACAUUUAUCAGCCUUAUAGGAUCACUAUAAAGAAAGGCUCGCCUCCCGGAUACGCGCUGCUGGCGGACUUGCAGAACACUGUGUCGUCGGAAGGAAAUCACGUCGGCGGCAAUGCGACACCCGGUUACGGAUCGUUGAACGGUGCACGCACUCAUACGACCACCGGGUAUAGAUCUUACGAGAGCCGAACCUCGCCACUGCCUUCGCAAUCGCCUACUUAUCAGAACCGCGAAGCGAUAGAGGAGACCAUCGGUAAGACCGGAAGUGCAUCUUACACCCAGGCCAGCGCCGGCAGCAAGAUGCCCUCCCUCAAUAACAAUCUUUCCGAGCUGGACACCCUUCUACAAGACCUGAGCAACGCGCGCUAUAACACGCACUAUCAAGAAAGAGACAGCCGCGUAUCCACAAACGGGGGUGCGACUAGUCCCAUGCUCCGUUCCCCGAGUAGCUUGUCAGCCUCCCGACCCACCGUCGACUCGUUGCUCGAAGAGCUAAGCACCGCCGUGCCUAACGGAGACUACCCCGCCGACGGAAGGGUGAAAGUCACCAUACAGGAGACGUCCACGGAGAUACAGCCGGUCUAUGACGGUUACCCCUCCAGCCACCAUGGAUCGCUGAAUCGAACCGAGGUUCAGAGAAGUUACCCCAACGGUCAUACCGCGAGUAACGCUACCAAGGAGCUGGACGACCUAAUGGCUUCGCUUUCUGAAUUCAAGAUCAACAGCGGCACCCACCAGCACCAGACGGUGACUGACUCUCCAUACGCAAAGCCCAACAAAGCCACCAAGAGCUCGCAGAGCCCGCUGCCGGCCGAGGGCACGCAGCAGACCCGUGUCCACAUCACCGAGACCCACACGACUCACCAUUAUCAGCCGCAGCACGGGGAAAGCCACCACACCGCCCAGACCGUCACUCAUAUCAAACAGAACCAGUUGGAUUCUAUGCUCGGCAACCUCCAGGCCGACAUGAGCCGCCAAGGAGUCAACACAACCCAGAAGGGAUGCUGCAGCGCCUGCGAGAAGCCUAUCGUGGGCCAGGUGAUAACAGCUCUGGGCAAGACGUGGCAUCCGGAACACUUCACGUGCACCCACUGCAAUCAGGAGCUAGGAACGCGCAACUUCUUUGAGAGGGAGAGUCACCCUUACUGCGAGACGGACUAUCACAACUUGUUCUCGCCCCGCUGCGCCUACUGCAACGGGCCGAUUCUCGAUAAAUGCGUGACCGCCCUGGAGAAGACCUGGCACACCGAGCAUUUCUUCUGUGCCCAAUGCGGCAAGCAGUUCGGCGAAGAGGGCUUUCACGAGCGGGACGGCAAGCCCUAUUGCCGCGAGGAUUACUUUGACAUGUUCGCGCCCAAGUGCGGCGGCUGCAAUCGGGCCAUCAUGGAAAACUAUAUAUCCGCAUUGAACAGUCAAUGGCAUCCGGAUUGCUUCGUCUGCAGGGAUUGCAGGCAGAAAUUCCAAGGAGGUUCCUUCUUUGAUCACGAGGGAUUGCCGUAUUGUGAGACGCACUACCACGCUAAGAGGGGAUCCUUGUGCGCAGGAUGCCAUAAACCCAUCACUGGUCGCUGUAUAACGGCCAUGUUCCGCAAAUUCCAUCCUGAGCACUUCGUGUGCGCGUUUUGUUUGAAGCAACUGAACAAGGGUACCUUCAAGGAACAAAACGACAAACCGUACUGCCAUGGUUGCUUCGACAAGCUUUUCGGAUAAAUAUGAAAUAUGCCGAUGUACACCGAUUAUACUUUGUAACAUAAGAAUGGAGAGCGGAAGACUGUUAUUUCGCUCUCGGUGUCGCAAUUUUGCUAGUUUUGACGGAAUAUGUAUACGGUAUACUUGCUUUGACUGUCUAUAUACAAACGCGAGACGUGACUCGCUCGUUGAGACUCCGUCACGGCCUUUUAGAGAAUUUCCAUUCUUUUUUUAUAUUAAUGAAAAUAUUGACUCGUGAAUAGUGCUGUUGCAGAGAAAAAUUCUGCAUGGAAUUUCAAGUGUUAACGACCACUGUGACAGGACUGGAAAUUAUACAGGAUGUCCCGUUACUAUCGCCAUUUUUAACGAGAUUUUUUAACAACUUUCGAAUCUUUUUUUUAUAAUGAAUAGAUACGAUGGAACACUCUGUAUAAUCUUUAUAAUAUGCCGAGGGUCUUUGUAAUAACCUUACGUAGUAAAUCGUGUUUCUUAAAAAUGAGCUUAAUUCGAGCUCAUCAUGCCGUUUAAGAAUUAACGAAAAGGGUGCUAUAUAGUAGUUUAUCGUUACUAAUAACGUGUAUAUCUACAGUAUAUAUAUACACACACACACAUAUAUAUAUAUAUAAGUAGACACACACAUAUAUACGCGAUGUAAUCGUUCAAGCAAAUAUUUCUACAACUGACGACAUUAGCCUCCAAAUAUCUCGGAUGAAAGCUUUUUCUUUCCGCGCGUGCGUUAGAUAUUUCAUAUAUUUAUAAAAAUAUUUAUAUAGAAUCGAGCGCGCGAAGCGGCCUGGGAUUUAACUGACUUUCACCGCACAAGUAACAUUACAAGUUUAUACAUACGUCCGAUCUGUCGAAUGCAUCGAAUUAUGUAAUGCCUUGUGAAAGGGAACGCGAACCGGAUAAAUGACGAAGGAUGUACGGGAUUAAAUGGAUCAAUGUGUUAAGCGGCGCUUCGGUGCAAAAUUGGGUAGAUAUCAAGCGAAAGAUAAGCCAUUCGUCUGUUUAUUUGGCAUUUUGUUACAUAACAAAGAUCAGCUCACCAACUUCACGUAUACACACAUAUUAAUAAGACAUUUUUGAAGUAUAAUUUAAUCGUGGGUGUGUGUACAAGGGAUAUUCACCGGCCAGAAAAGGAACGGAAAACUAUGUAUUAUAUAUAUAUAUAUCUGCCUUAUAGUUCCCGAUCGUGACGGGUAAAUUCAUACAUAUGUAUAUAUAUGUAUGUUAAAGGAAAUUCACGCAUUCGUAGGUAUAUACAAAAAUAUAUAGAAUCUUACAAUAAAAUUACACAAAUUGCCAA